AUGAAUUCCCAACUAACAUUACUCUUUCCUUAGUCAACAAAUAAUCAUCUUUCAACGAGAUGAUAAAGAAAAGGAGACGAACAAGAAAAAGAAACUACAAGAGAGAAGAAAAAUAAAUAAUAUAAUAUAAAAUAAAAAACAAAAGAAAAAGAAAGAAUUCCCUUCCAGCACUGAGCACUCUCUCCUUUCCAUGUAAGCCCCAUUUAGUGCUUUUUCCAAAUCGCCUUCUUGUCUUAGACCUUCAUGAAUUUUCUUCACAGGAACUCUCUGUAUGCUUGCUGUUCUUGCUAGCCUCUCCAUUACCUCAAUCUACAUUUAAUGUCAAUUUGUUUUAUCUGAGAAGAAUUCCUGCAAGGUCAUAUUCUAAGGUAGUCUCUUCCUUUUUUUCCCCUUUUCUCGCACAUUACCAUUAUAUAUAUGUAUUUUUCAAUAUAAAAUUUUUAAUUUAAUUUAGUUGAUAUCUUGAAGGUGUAACACAAAAUACCAACAUGUUUCUUUAAUUCUUUUGCUAAAUUAUUUCCUCGUAAUGGCAUCAGAAGGCACCACCACAAAAAAUUUGAUUCCCUAUAUGAACAAUAGAGAUUGUUCUCAAGGGUUUUGCAGCUUGUAUUGUCCUCAAUGGUGCUAUGUAAUCUUUCCUCCACCACCUCCUUUUUAUGAUUUCCCUAAUGACAAUUCAAGCUCACCUUUAUCUCCUCUUUUUAUUGCAAUUAUUGGAAUUUUAGCUAGUGCUUUCCUUCUAGUAAGUUACUACACCAUAAUUUCUAAAUACUGUGGAAACAACAAUCACUCAUCAAGAAUUAGAAGGGAAGAUCAAGAAAUUGGAAGUGAAGAAUUUGAAGACAACAAUCAUAACCCAUCUCUUCACGAGCCUUGGAAUUUAGUCACAAAUGGAUUAGAUGAGGCUCUAAUAAAAUCAAUCACAAUUGUGAAGUAUGAAAAGGGAGAUGGUUUGAUUGAAGGGACAGAUUGUUCUGUUUGUCUUAGUGAAUUUCAAGAAGAUGACAACUUGAGGCUUUUGCCUAAGUGCAGCCAUGCUUUUCAUGUCUCUUGCAUCGAUACUUGGCUUAAAUCUCACUCUAAUUGUCCCUUGUGUCGCGCUAAUAUUGCUAUUCUUAGCCUUUCGCUCACUCCUUUGCCUCCUUCUCUACCUCAGCCUCUUCCUCCACCUCCGCCUCUUGCGGAAAGCCUUCAAACCAGUGGAGUUGUUUCAGAAUCAUCAGAAGAAAUUAUAGUGCAAAAUAAUGGUGUUCCUAAGACACCAUUUCGUGUGUUUAGCGAUUUAGGGAACUUGCAGCAAAGAGAUAUAGUAAUUGAGAUUAGAAGAUCAUUUUCAAUGGAUCAUCCAUAUGAAGGGCGCAAUUCGGUUGCAGAAGAUUGCUCAUCAGGACAUCCUGUGGAACAGAUCAGCAAGUGUAGCCAUAGAAGAAGAGUCUUGCAAUGUGUACUUAAUCCUGUUACAAUGAAGAGAUCUUUUUCUUGUGGAAGAUUUUUCCUCGCUAGGCAUGGAAGGGUGCGUGACAACGUUAGCUAUGUAUAAAAUAAACAAAUAAAUAAAGUUCUUUCUAGGGAGUUUUUUAUAUUUUUCUUUUCUGUUUUUGAGAAAUUAUGUAAGAAGAAAUUGAGAGACAUUUUAUUAUCAAAUAUGUUAAAUUUGUACUGGCAUGUUUUUAAAAUAUUGCUAUUUAUAUUUAUGAAUGAGAGUUAUCGAAAAUUAGUGAAUAGAGGAUGUUCCUUCCCCUCUAUUCACUCUUUUGUUA